UCGAUGUGUAUGAUAUUCCAAUUGUCAACAACAAAGACAAAAAAGACGUUAAUAAUUUAAUGGUGAUGUUUUAUUCUACUUUAAUUCUUUUAACGGAGUAAUUUGUCACUGAUCUUUCUACGAAUUCCAUUCAUCAUAUUGUAUUUUAAGUAAUUGACACGAAGGAGUGACUUCCAACCACUGAUGUUUUGAAUCUGAGCUAAGAAUUUCCUUAUAAACUGAAGAUGUUUGAUUAUGUGGAAGGAAUAUUGAUUAAUACGAAGUGAGAAUGGACACAAUCUCCAGAGCAGUGGAGUAUGCUGAGUACCUGGUGCAGGCAGCCAAGCAGAGACCCGACUCCCUGUGUAGAUCCACAGUCAGCAGCAAAGUGAAGACUAUUCACCAGAAGUUACAUGAGCUCUACCUAGAGACGUGUCAGAACCAAGAUGACAGCAAGGACAUUGUCCAGUCCUCCAACCUGUUGUCUAAGCUGGUCAGGAGGGACAAACUGAAUUGUCUGGUGCUGAAGCUCUACCCAGGGAAUGAGGGCUACUCAAUCAUGUUGAGGGGGCGUGGCGGGGUGGAGCUGGAGACUCUCAAACUCCCGUACGAGGUGUCAGAACUUCUGGAUUAUGUGGACUCCUCAGAGUUGCCUCCCUUCCUUGUUGACCUUCUUGAAAAAGCACAGGUGAACGUGUUCUACAGUGGGUGUGUGAUUCUAGAGGUGCGUGACUACCGCCGCUCCAUCACCGGGUCCUUUGACACCCAGUAUGUGCUACUGAAGCCCACCUCACAGUCACUGCUAUCAGACAUGUACAAUAUCAUCAAUGACGGACACAGGUGGACACAAGAGGACCAGUUUACCUUGGAGAGUCAGUUGCUAUUGGCAACAGAAGAGCCCCUCUGUCUCGACCCAUCACCUGCAGUUUUACUUGUCAACAACAAACUGCAGUAUGAACAGAAAAGUCUAUGUAAUCCCAUACUGAAAAGAUCAGCAAAACGCUUUAACCAGGCAGCAUUAAACAGGAAGAGGAAGUUAGCCAGUGCAGCUGCUCCCAAGGAACUGAAGCUGCAUGACUUCAUCCACAAAAAGAAACCCAAGUCUAAUCCUCCUGUCAACCUGAAAGUGGGCAAGCCUCAUGUUGACAUGUGGAAACAAAAGCCUCUUCAGUUAUCUGCCCCUGAAACAGUUGAGGUCAGCAAGUUUGCCUCAGUAAUACCAGGUCCAGAACCCGCAUCAGAUAAUUCUUUUGAAAUCAUUGAGGAGAUAACACUGGAGCGUGAUGUCAGUGCAGAGAAGAAAAUCCUGGCCAAACUAACCAUUCAGAAACGGAACAUGGACGAUGAGUUUUACGGGGAGCUGUACCUGGACCACGACUACCGUGAGGGCAGUGAGGGCACGUCCUGCAUGUUCUUACUCGGGACGAAAAUAUUGGUAGACAAAUAUCUGGAACAAUUCAAGGAAAUAUUUACAGAAGAGGGAAGGCGGGCAGUAAAAAUAACAACUCAGAAGCCAGGACAGCCCCCUCAUGUAGAGUUCACCCAGACCUCUCAGACCCCCACCACACCCGGGCCGACAGGACCCCAAGGCAUUCUUAGUGCACAUGCACCGGCUCUUACAGCUGCAAUUAAAGGGCAAUUUACACAGGCGGAUUUAGCCACCACCUCUUCCUCGGGACUGACCGCCAAGAGAAACGUCCCCAUCCAGCUGUCCCUCACCCUGGCUCCAAUGGCUCAGGGGACCCAGCCUACUGGGAACCAGUUACAACUUAACAUACAGAAAUCUCAGUCUCAACAGGCUGCACUCAGGGGGAAGUCAUUGUCACAGACUGCAGGCCAAAGAGCCUCCUCCACCCCAAGUCCAGCUACCACACCUACAUCUGCUACAGGUCAGCUGUUUUCUCCUGGUCUAGUUCCCUCCCCUGUAUCAGCGCAGCUUAGUAAAGGGGCCACUACUUUAUCGUCACCCCCAGCAACCAAUGUCCCUGGGAGGAAGCCCUCCACAGAGGCGACCACUGUACAGCAGAUCAGUCAGGGGCUCCCACAGGGAAACAUCACCUUUGUACAAAACCCUGAUAGCAGCUCCAGCGGUCAGCAACAGGGUAUAGCUAACAUCAACAUCACCAACAUUGGACUCCCUCCCAACAUCAACAUCCAGAAUCUUACAGGUAUUCCCGGGGUCAACAUCGCCAACCUCCAGGGUCUCCAGAACAUGCAGGUGUCACUGACUGGGGUGUCCAUGCCUGGGGGAGGGAUUGCUGUCCCUGUUCCCAUCAGCCUCAUCAACACCAACUCAGGUGUUUUACAGAAUCAGAGUAUUUUUGUGAGCUCCCUGCCCAGUGGUUCUAUGUCAUCCACCACCACUGGAUCCGUGCCUGUUUCUGUGAGUAGAAAACUUACAUCAUCAUCUAUUGGGUCAGCACCAACCCUUGUUACCAUGGUGACCUCAAUGCCUACCAUGGUUACAACCUCUGGUUCAUCACUACCGGCAACAUCCUCACCCUCAUCAACCACAGUCACAGUGACCUCAGGAGGACUGUUAUCCCCUCUCAUUGGGUUAGCUCCCUUUGUUCAGGGAGGCUUGAAGACCCAAGCUGGCUCCAACAUCAGACAGCAAUCCUCUGUACCGCUCCUUCAGAUCCAAGGCCAGCCCAGUAUACAGCUAGUUGGUCUUCCUCAGCAGAGGGCACCAGGGAAAUCUGGGUCAGUGUCCUCUCCCUCAGCGGGCAAGCCCGGCCAAGGCCUCCCAACAACAGUUCAGUUAACAGCACAGACCAUUACAGGACACCAGUUAGCUACCCUGUCUCAGUUCAAACCUAGCGCAACACAAGGGGGUGCUGUGCCUCAGCAACAGUUGCUCCAGUUACAGCAACUUCCUUACAAACAACUACAACAAAUACAGAUUCGUCAGCCCCAGGCUGCUGUGUCAUCGUCGGUGGCCAAACCCAAGAGUAAAAAACGAACCACCCCCACCCCUCCAAAACAGUAGCACUCGGGUGUGACAUCAGGCAGUGUGAGGAAAAGAGCUUUUAGAACUUAGAUAUAGCAGAACAGUAUGGGAUGUGUAAUUGACACUUAUUCCAGUCACAGUUGAUCGUCAUUUCCAAAGAAGUGCUUUUUAAUAUCUUUUUUUUUUGUAGUGUUAUCCUGGUGUUUUUCUGUUUUCCUAGUGCACUGUCAGGAGGCUGCUCAUGCUAAAUCAAAUUUUUAAUCAUUGUAAAUCGUUAUUGUGAUUUGUUUUACAUGUUGAAUAUUACAUGUAUGUAACAGAU